AAUCAACUGAUUGGAGGAUGGAGAACGGACAGGAUUCUAGUAGUGAUGACUCAGACAUAGAUGGAGAUGAUGAAGAUACUGGUUCCUCCUCCAGCAGUGAGGCUGGAGACAGACAGGCACAGCUCCACCUGUUACAACAGACCAUGGACACAGCCAAACUGUCUCUACAUCAUCAGGACUACCAGACUGCCUUCACACACUACCUCAUGGUGGUUAGUAUAGCCCCAGACCUGAAGCCUUACGUGAAGGAUGACUUCAUCCUGGCGGUGAAGUUGUGGGGGGAUGAGUUGGAAUCCAUGGGGAGGGGGGAGGAAGCUCUGCACAGUUACCAGCAGGCACUGCAGGUGUACCCUGACUGUGAGGGGGUCGUCAACAACAUGGGGGCAUAUCUGUUCAGGCAUGGCUACACAGAUGAAGCAGCUUCCUACUUCAUCCAGGCCUUACAGCUGGAUCCAGGUCAUAGGUCAGCCAGGGAGAACCUCCAGUCUGUGUGUACCGCCCUGGUGGAGAGGUGGCACUUCAGGAUGCUGAACGACAGGGCCAGGAACACCGCCUUUCAUCAGGCAAUACAACGGGCUGUGCUAGGGGGGCAUGACACUGUGCUGGACAUAGGGACAGGCACUGGGAUUUUGAGUAUGUUUGCUGUACAGUGCGGUGCCAGGACUGUCCACGCCUGUGAGAUGUCCAGGACCAUGCACCAGUUGGCCAGCAACGUGCUGGUAGCCAACGGCAUGCAGAACAGUGUCCACCUGCACCACAUCAAGUCAACAGAUAUGUCUAUUCCUGAACAUUUACCGGAAAGGGUAUCUCUGGUUGUGACUGAAACUGUGGAUGCAGGUUUGUUAGGUGAACACAUCUUGUCCACCCUGAGACAUGCAUGGGAACACCUGCUACUGCCUCCCAAAUCUGCAAUAAACCAGUCGGAGUCUGUGAGGUACGGUAGGGUGAUCCCAGGUGGUGCGACUGUCCAUGCCUGUAUAGUGGAGUGUCCAGACAUCAGACGUAAUCACACGGUUCUACAAACCAGCUGCUGUGGAGUGGACAUGUCUGGGCUGGACAUCACCAGCCAAACUGCCAUCCACACAGACACAGCUGACCAGACAUCCUCUGAUGCAGAGCCUUACUCCUCUGAGGUGUUAAACCGAGUCAGAGGCGGGUUUUCUUGUCUUACAAAACCCUGCCAGGUGUUCCAGAUAGACUUCAAUGAUCCUCAGACAUUUUCACCUGAAUCUCUGGAGCACCUGCGAGUCUUCCACCUGCCUGUGAAGCACCCAGGUAUGGUGGAUGCCGUCGUGAUGUGGUUUGACUUGCACCUGGAUGAAGAGACUCACCUGUCUACUUCACCUGAACAGGACACCUGCUGGGAGCAGGCCAUCUUCCCUGUACACAGGCAUCACCUGACAGGAUCAGACUGCUUGAGGAGUGGUCUCAAAGUGGAAGAGGGGGACACAGUUGUUGUGUCAGCUACAUGUGGUGGGGACUGCAUCAGGAUGUGGGUGUCUGAGGUGCAGCAUCACAAAGAUGGCAGGCAGCUGCUCUGCAGUUCCACUGAGAACAGACAGAGAGAGCGACUUGAAGUUUCCAAAGAACACAGAGAUGCUCAUGAGAUGGAGGCCUGUAGUAGUGCACCAGUAGUGCCAGAACCAGGGCAAGCAGAAGUUGUGUGCCUUGCUCAAAAUGACAUCUGUGCCUUGAAUGAUGGUGGAUUUAAUGAUGCCUUUUAUGCUGCUCUACACGAACACUUUUCUAGAACCAUUGGGAGUGGCAGCAGCAAUGUUGUAGACUUGACAGGCUUCUGUGCAGGAGACAGUAUGGAAACAGAAGGGACACAGAUUUCAAAUGAAAGAACAGAAAAUUCUGGUAAAUCUGUGUUGGACCUCAGCCAGGGAAUGUCUAUGGUAGGGCUCUGUGCAGCCAAGCUCGGUGCGGGGAAGGUCAGGUAUUCUGGCCAGAAUGCCAGCUCUCAGAAACUGCUCGAAAUGUUGGCAAGAAGGAACGGAAUACCAGAAGGAGUUGUGGAGUUUGGGCCGAGUUCCCUGGAACCAACAGGAAGUAGUGGUGCAUUGUGGGAUGUGGUGGUGACAGAGCUGGUGGAGCCGUCGGGAGUGCUGAGACAGCAGGUUCUGGAGGACAUGGCUCUGGCAAGGGCAUAUGCCUUAAAACCAGGAGGGACCAUCCUGCCCUGUGCUGCAGCAGUGUAUGGUGUGUGUGUACAGUCAGACGUGCUGCUGAGGGAGAACAGGGUGCUGGGCUCAGAACCAACAUUAGGGCUAAAGGUUGCAGACUUCAUGAAUAUCUUCCAGGCAACAACCCACCAGGAAAUCACCCUCUCCACACUCCCCCACAAACCCCUUACAGAGCCCUUUCACAUCUUCAACUUCAAACUGGACGAGGAAACCUCCGGCGACACCCUCCCCUCGUACUUGGAACAGUCCAGGUCACUGGUGGUCAUGGCAACCGACUCUGGGACACUAUCAGCUGUACCAUUCUGGUUUGAGAUCUGGGUGGACUCCAACAAUAGGCUGAGUACAAGGGAUGAAAGCAGUCAUUGGAAGCAGGCUGCCAUAGUUCUGGAUAAAUCAGUGCCUGUGGAGAGAGGCCAGCAAAUAAUCUUAGAGGCCAGUUGUCAGAAUAGUACAAUCUCUAUCACUGUCAAAGAACAAGACAGCUAGUAAGAAUCUUUCCACAUGACAUAACCAUAGAUAUUUGAUAGACAUCCCUUUUUAAUGUACAUAUGUGUUCUGUAGUCAAGAGUUUAAUACCUUUAUAUCUACAUUAAAAACAACUUUUGUAAGUUUACUCUGGAGAAUCACCCUCAGUCAAUGCUGUAGUCCUUAUAUUACAAUUGUCACAGACAUUUUAAGUUGGCAGUAUAUGUUUGUAGUGUGUUAAACACAAGUGAUGUACAUUUGUUUGAGACAAUAAAUAUUUACAGAUACAAAUGUAAUUGUUUAUGUACGCCACUAGCAGCCAAUGUUUCUUUGUUUUAGGAACAUGUAGAUCUCUUAAGAUUUAUGCCAUAAUGUCAUUGAAAAAAUCCUGACCACCCCCAUCAAAA